CUGGUGAGGAGGAAGAAGCCGGCGUUUUCCAGGCGGCCUUUCCUGCCGGUUCUGUGGAGCCGGGAAGGCUGCGGCUCCAGCGAGAGGCCAAGCAGUGUCGGGGCGCAGCGCUGGUGGUACAAGCUUCGCUCCAAACCAGGGAAAAAGGAAAAGGAGAGAGGGGAGAUCGAAGUGGACAUCCAGUUUAUGAGGAGCAACAUGACAGCCAGUAUGUUUGAUCUGUCCAUGAAGGACAAGUCUCGCUCUCCCUUUGGCAAGCUCAAAGACAAGCUCAAGGGGAAGAGGAGCAGCGGCCUUUCCGACACGGCGUCGGCGAUCGUUCCCAGCACGACCCACUCCCCCGCUGACAGCGAAGAUGAGUCAGUUGAGAAGGAGAAGAAGAAAUCAAAGUUCAAAACCCUGUUUUCCAAACCUGGCCUGCAGAAGACCUCCCUCUCGCAGUCCAUGUCAGUCCUACCGACGCUGCAGCCGCAGCCUGUCACCCAGAGGGUUCGGCUUCGGCCCAGCGACUUCCAGUCACAAUGGGACGACGAGGAGUCCGAGACCUCGCCAGCCUCGCAGAAAGCCUUUGGAAAUGCCCUGGAAGAGAGCUCCUCUCCUUCUCCUGUAUUUAAAUCUCGUAAAACAGCAACUUUGGACAGCAGGCAGCUAAACCAAGUAGCCACUAAUCACACCAAGAAAGAAGGGCUCUCUUUAUUCAGCGGCCUUAAAGCCAAAAGCGAUCCCGUUUCCAAGUCUAGUCUGUGUAUCAACGGCAGUCACGUUUAUAUGGAAGAGAGCACGAUGAAGGACAACAGCCCAGCCUCUUCCCCCUCUCCUCACAACUUCAGGAGGAAGCAGCUCUUUGCUUCAGAAGAGAACCUGUCUUCCAGAUCCACUAGAGGACCUGAAGAGAUGGGAGGAACAUCUCCUAGUUAUGCUUUGUCUGGGUCUGCAUCCUUGGAGACCUUUAAAUCGAUGACUUUGCCGUCGUACAAAUUGCUUAGCAGCGAGGAGUACCUGGAAACCGACGUUCCUCCGAGUGUUGAGGUUGUUAAAGAGACCAAAAAAACAGACCACAAAAAGUCGACCUUGCUCUCUCUGGUCACUGGGAAGAAGGAAGCGGUGAAGACCAGUGGUGCUGAGCAUAUUCCCGACAGGACCCUGCAGGAUGAGGAAAACAAAGUUCCAGAAGAGAAGAAUGAACAAGAGGCCAAACGUCUCGAACUUCCAGCAGAUUUAAGCCGAGCGAAUCGCUCAGAAGACAAUCACCGCCCGGAGGACGUGUUGGCAAACAAGCAGCCGCUCAACCCUUUUGAAGAAGAACAGAAACCUGAGAAAGCUGCUGCGUCGGCGAAGACCAAAGCCGUCAAGCCCAGACUCCAUCCUGUGAAGCCGAUGAAUGCCACAGCAAACAAGUCUCAAAGUAAAAACCUGAAUGUCAUCAGCACUAUGAGUGAAAAGCUGCUCGAGAUGAACGUGAAGAAAUAUGACCCUUCAGAUCCUGCUUAUGCUUAUGCUCAGCUAACACACGAUGAGCUGAUCCAGCUGGUCUUGAAGCAGAAGGAUACGAUUACCAAGAAAGAUCUCCAGGUGCGUGAGCUUGAAGACUACAUCGAUAACCUGCUUGUCAGAGUCAUGGAAGAAACCCCAAACAUUCUCCGUGUUUCGACGUCUGGAAACAAAAAAGCUGGCAAGAUGUAA